AUGGAGGAGCUGACGGAGAAGGUGGAAUUGAUUUUAGAGCAGGUAGCAGCGCAAACUCUGCCUGCCGCCAAAGGUUCGCGGUACACAGAUGGCAAAUCGGUCCUGGCCAAAUUCAGAGAUGGCCGAGAACUGCAGGUCGACCUCACGGCCGACAUGCUUUUGGGUGUUGGCGAGGACGACAAAGACAAGUUGGCAGAGCAGCUCCGAUCCCAAGGCUUCGAUGUGGAAGCAGUGGAAGUGCCGAGGCCUCCCCAGGCUAGCCACGCGCUGCAAUGGAGCGAUGCGAUCUCCCAGGCGUUUGGCAGGGCCUGGCUAUCUCGAGUAGAUGUGUCGGACUUCUGCGAGAUGGUUUGCAAAUGCGGUGAGCGUUUGCUGAACCUCCGGCGCUACAAGCUUGCAUAUCAGGAGGUCUUCUACCGAUACUGUGAUCGUGCGGUACAGCUUCGGGCAGAGAUUGGCCGGAACGUGCUUGGUGAACCUCCGUCAAGAAAAAUUUCGGUCUACUCACGCUACUGCUUGGGAGCUUCGACUGCUCUCUUUCUGCAGACUGUUCACCGAGAUGAUGGGAGAAGGCCGGACACGGUGGACAUCUUGAAAGACGUCCUGCGAGACAUUCUGCAAUCUGUCCAACUCAUGUGCUCCCAGACAGAGGCGGUACGUGAAGAGCUUUACUGGUGCUUGUACAACAGCAGCCUCUUGACCAUGCGCAUUGCGAGAUGGCUCAGACUUCACGGCUUCGCUGAGCUGUGCAUUCAACCUCUUUGGCUGAUGGUAGAGUCCAUGCACUCUUGCUUGCCGCUAAUGGCGGUGUACAUGAUUCCCUUCCGAGCACGGGUGACGAUGGAGCUAGCAUAUUGUGCCGAGUCUGCCAAGCAGCUCUCGGAGGCUGUGCGUGUGUGUGAGGUGGCCCAGGAGCAGAUAGAGAAAGCACAGAAGCUUGAGACCAUGCUGCGAGCCCCCAGUUCCAGCAGAGACGACGAAGGUCUUCGAGGUCGGGGGAUGCUUUGCGCAGACGACAAGUCCGGCGUUUCAGCUAAUGACCUGGCAGUGAACUUCGAGGCUUCCGGGGCUUCGCCGAAAGAGGCGAUGGAAGCGGAGGCGGUCGUUAUCGAUGUGGGUCACGGCAUACACAUCGCCUCGGAUUCGCUUGCUGAACGGAUUAGAUCCAUCUUCGAUCGCUUUGACAAGGAUGGCGGCGGAACGCUCGACAGGUACGAACUCCACCGGGUCUUCAAAGUUCUUGUGCCGAGCUUGACACCUUUGCAGAUCAACACCAGCUUCAAGCACCUCGACAAAGGUGGAGAUGGUGUGGUCUCUCGCGAAGAGUUUUGCCAGUGGAUCUUGACGGACACCGGCGAGGCAAAGAAGGUCAUGAGAGCUUUGGUCAAGGCAACCAGCGAUGCCCUCGCCACAAGCGUGAGAGAAGUAUUUGCUCGGUUCGACCAGGACGGUGAUGGAAAGCUCGACCGGAGUGAGCUUUGGAGGGUCUUCAAGACGCUCGAUGGGGAGCUUCGUAUUCCGGAGAUUGCCUCCUUGAGCCAGGAGCUUGAUACUGGCGGAGAUGGAAUGGUCUCGCACAAGGAGUUCCUUUCCUGGCUUCGGCAGGGCUCAGACCGAGCGCACGCGCUUACGAGAACGAUUGUGAAAGAAACAGGCAAAGCGCGAGAGGCGCGCAUUCAGCAGGCCUUCACGAAGUACGAUUCGACUAAAGAUGGCCAGCUGAACAUUGAGGAAUUGGCGAACGCCCUGAAGGUUUUGGGAAGCUUCUCCUCCGACGAAAUCCGACAUGUUCGUGAUGACUUGGACAAGAGCAAGGAUGGCAAGGUUUCGUACGAGGAGUUUCGCACCUGGAUUCAUUCGGGCAAAGGCAAAGAAGGGAGGAAGGAGGUCUUGAAGGCCAAGGCCAUCCUGGCUCCCAGCGACGGCGACGGCUUGGAAGCGGUGUUCUACAACUUUUGCGGACCAGGGCAAGCAGACCUGAGUGGCACGAACUUCCAUCGUCUUUGCAAGGACUGCCAUAUUCUAGAUGACAGGCUCGACAAUGCAUCCGUAGACUUGAUCUUUUCGGAUAUCCGUGUGAAGGACCACGCCGCGCGAAGCAUCGACUUUCUCCAGUUCGAAAUAGCGUUGGAGCUUCUCGCAGAGCGAAAGGGUGUUAGCCGCCACAGCCUUCGCUCGGCCGUUCUCCUGCAGGGACAUCCAGAAUCUCACAACAAGUCCCAGACACACGAGGAGCCACUUGCAGAUGCUCAGAAGAAGAGGCGGAGUAGCUUCUCCGGCCUGGAUCCCGCGGGUGUGUCGGCAGUUCUGGAGAAGAAGAAGCCCACGCGCUGCAGCAGCCAGAAGCGUGUGGCAUCCCUGCUCAAGCUGCAUGAGACUCCUGGAAAAGAAUCCUGGAGGAGGGAUGUGGACAACAGCAAGCUUUGGAAAGUCUUUGGUCUGCACACACCAGCUGGCCGCAACUUGAAAAAGCUUUACGAAGCACCUUUUGCUUUGCCACCGCCGUGCUCUCGUGACUUCGCCAGCAUCACAACCCGGAUUGCAUGGGUCGGGAUGUUUUUCUUGGUCUAUGCUGGAUUCCUCGCAGGCAAGCGGCACGAGCACAGCUGGUUUCGUAGUUCAGCCGACCCGAUGCGCUCCAUGACAGGCAAGCAUGGUGAGCGAAAAAUGUGCUCUUGGGCUGGGACUGGCGAGCUUGUGCUUCCGCAUCAUGGUCCCUCGAAGACGGGACUGGUGCAACAACUGAGGCCCUUCGAAGAAGUGCACUUGCUGCGAUUCAAGCUCCUCAAGGCGAAGUAUGAAUACUGGCUCGGGAAGGUUCCAGAUGCAAAUCAACUCAGCGUGCGCAUUAAGGAAUAUUCCCCCGACAUGCCUGUGCUUGUGUCCUCCUUGGUCGAAUCCCUGCAGUUCUUGCACGGAUUGCCCCAGUACUUCGGUGCUGAGGACUGCAAGUCUGCUAUGCUAGAUGGCAUGCCGGCCGAAGAGGUCCGACAGGGAGAGGCAGAGACCGAAAUCGAGUACACUCGCUACACGAACAUGGAGGUGCAGGCGAAGCAGACGAACCUUCUAGCGGCUUUGGUCGACCUCAUCAGACCCCUCGCGGAAAAAGCGGAGACUGCCACGGAGGAGCUCGAGGCCCACACAGUGCAGCGGCUGAAGUGGGAGGCUGAAGCCGAGCGCCGGGCCCGCACGGACGAGCCCAAGGUGGACGAGAACGGGGAAGAGCUGCCCCCGGAGCCGCGACCAAGCAGACCUGACGAGGACAAGCUGGAGGGCUGGGGCUUCUCGAAGGGCUCGAAGAUGCACGACUUGGAAGAGGUCCUUCCAUUGGCUUCACACGUGUGGUUGUCGGAGCAAAGCCUGCGGCAGGAGAUGCGGGGCAACGAUGGGGCCAAGGGCGCCUUCGAGUUCCUCGAGCGAGCGCUCGCGCUGCGACUCCGUUACCGACACUUCUUGCGACCACCACUGGUGGAUGUCGACGUGUUGGUGAGCAGCGAACCAGAGCCGGAGAAGGUGAGGCUUCCGGAGCUGUACGAGCUGUUGUCCGGCGACAUCAACCAAUUUUCCCCGCAGAAUCAACCCGGCGCAACAGCAGACGUAGACGAGUCAGGAAGUCUGACGCGGAAGCGAGGCAAGCAUGUCUAUAUCAUGGGCCAACGCUUCGACGCAUGGGAGAGCUGGACGGCCGAGUAUCCUGUGCCAAUCCGUCGCUUGUGCGACCUCCGAGUGGCUUUCAUGCCGAAUGCUCCGGCAGAAAACAGAGCAGCUCCUGCACAUGCGAUUGGGAUACAUGAGCCUCGGCUCGGUCAGAUCAAUGGCAAGGUCGUUGAACCCUGGAUGGGCACUCCGUACAAAUGCGCAGGUGCUGGAGAUUCUUCAGGCUUCGAGGUCUUCGAGGACUCUGAAGAGAUCCGACAGGGGAUGCUCAAGCAGCUGACGAAAGACGGUCUCAUCACACACAGGGUGCUGGAAGUCCCCGUGGACGCGCAUCAGGGGAACUCAGGAAAGCUCUUGACUCCUUACAUCUUCUUCUCUGUGUACGACGAGCGAAACGUCUGGUCAGCAGAUGGCAAAGCGUGCAAGAUCGAGGCCACUGCGCCUACGCUGGAUGAUGCGACACUUCUCCCAGAGGCACCGCCGCAGCGGCCCCAGACGACGGUCGCGCCGGAGGCUGGAGUCCACGUCGCAGUCCGAGAGCUUCGCAACGUCCUCCGGAAGGGACGCGACGGUGGAUUCGGCGCAUGGGCGGAACUGGCGGCGAGCCUGGACAUGGAGGACCGGACCUCACUCGCCGAGCUCCUCGCCGUGACGGCCGUGGUUCCACCGACUUCCCCACCCACCGACGAGGAACGCCGGGUCUACAUGGGGAGGCUGUUCCCGCAGCGGGCCACGACGGAGGGGACGCCGGUGCUUGUGAAGGCAGCUCCAAGACCGCCGCCGACCACCUCUGCCACGCCGGGACAUGGAUCUAUGACGCCCAGCUCGACGGGUCCCAGGACAUCGCCGAUGGCAUCAACCACGCCGCCUCCACCGACGGGUCCCGGGAGCUCAUCGGCGGCGACUAUCCUGCAGCAGAGCGUCGGGGCGCCGCCCACGGCGUGGGCACACCAGGUGAGCUGGCAGCCGCCGCAGCCCACAGCGGCCAGGGACGACGACCAGGUGUCGGGCACGGUCUUCCUCGACGCCCCUACAACGUCGGCUACCAGGACUGCGGCGGCCUUCUUGGACCCGACGGAAGCGAGGGAGCCCGAGACCACGGCGUCGCCGACCAUAACGGGGUUCCCGGGUCUCGCCGCAAUGGAAGCCCAGUCGGCGAUGCCUUCUGGCACGGCCACGCCGGCAUACUACAUCGACGCGGCUGGUCAUCGGGUGAGGGCCCCGCCAGAGGGGGCACGACGUCCUGUCGACGCCACUGGCAUCCAGACGCCGGCUUCGACUGUCGGCGGGGGGGGCGCCGAAGAAGUCAUCAACAUCGCCGCGUCACUGCUUCGGCAGGUGGGCCCCCGACAGGAUGACGACGCCCACUCGACGGCCGGGAGCCAGACAUCGGCAGCCAGGGGGCGGUCGACGCAACGAGGAGGGCGGCCGACCAUGGACCCGCCGCCGCCUCCCCCAGUGGUCGACGCACCGCCAUCCAGGUCCAGCUUCCCGCCGCUCUCGGCGGCUUCUACGCCAUGGCAGUCCACACCGCCGAGUCCGAGGGCAUCCACAACGAGAGCGCCGACCCCCCCGGCGGUGGCGGCAGAGCGCCCGGAUUGGAUGUUCCCGCCGGGCGCAAGGCCAGCAGACGACCCCGCCGGCUCUUCCAUGGACGCCGGGCCUUCGACCACCACCAGGACGACGACACCGACGGGGGCACGCUCAAGGUCCAAGACGGCGGCGGGGUUCCGCGAGCACCUGAGCGACGAAAGGAUCCGCCAAAUCGAGAUCAACAUGACCGACGACUAUCGGCAGCACAAGCGGGCCAUGCAUCGCCGGGGCGCUCGCGCCGUCGACGACCCGCCGAAGUCAGUCAAGCACUUGCUCAGGCGGACCCUGAACGACGUGAUCGCCGAGGAGAACCUGGACAAGCAGGGCAUCGACGGGCACAAGCCCAAGCCCCCGCCGACCUCGGCGCCCACCUACUGUGCAUACUGGUUCUGCUCGACGCUACCCGCCAACACACGCGGCGCCCGGAUCCCCUGGCAAAGCCAGGAGGCCGGCCGACGUGUGCUCGGUUGGUGCUCGCACCCUUGCACGUCGCCGCAAUGCCCUCAUUUUGAAGACCUUUACGACGUGGACUCGCCGGGCCUAGGCCGCUGCCUGCGUCCCGUCGUCGAGGGCAACGGACUGAGCUUUCACGACGCCAGCGGGUGCCCCUGUCACCCGGCUCCGGCCAUCGGGACGCCGGUCAUGAACCAACAAGUCGCAUCGUCGGGACCCUCCGCGACUGUCGCCGACUUCUUUCGCGACGUCGCCUCGGCAGGCGGCUCGGCCUACAUUGCGACAUUGGCCAGGUUCGGCGCGAUCAACACGCCGGCAGUGAGGGACUCCUUCGCCGUCCUUUUGGAGAACGGCGUGCCAGAGGGCCUCUUGCUGCAGAUCCUGGCGCCGGUUCCGCCGACGCAGCCGGAACCAACAGCGGCCAGGCCACCCAGGCACGACGUGCCGAAUAGAAGGACCAUACCCCGGGCAUCUUUGACGGCGGCCUUGGAGGCUAUGGACCCCGGGCGACGCCAAGACACACUAGCAGCCAUCGACUGGCAUCGUCGACCCGCCGGGCCAUGGAGUCGCGAAGGUCAGUUCCCCCUCUUCCCGCUCGACGCCAACAAGCUUCACACCAUCGCCGGGGCGAUGCGGAUCGCCGGCUACAGAUCGACCGGGCUGUACCUCGACGCGGUGGUAUGGCACCAGGAGAACACCCUCCACACGCCGGUCACACCUGGACUUCGACGUGUGGUAAAAACCCUGACCAAGGCAGCGGCGAGGGGCCUGCCAGGGUCCAGGCUCAAACAGGCAUUCGACCUCGACGAGCUCAGCAAGUUGGUCGACGAUACGGCGCCAUUCGGGCCCUUCAACGCCGGCCUGGUGGCCCACGCCGUCGACGUUGUCAUCGUCGCCACUUGGUUUAUGCUGAGGGAGGUGGAGCUCGCGGCGGCCCGGGUCAGAGACCUCGGCGUGACCUUGUCGACGGUGUCGCUCGACAUACCCCUGCACAAAACGGCGCAGGGGGGGCAGGCCGACCUCACACGACGCACUUUCAGGUGCGUUUGCACUUCGACGGCCCACCCACUCUGCCCAAGAUGCGCCGCACACCGCCACCUUCGGCGGGUACAGGCCUCCGCGGCCGCGACGCCGGCCGACUUCCUGUUUCCGACUAGACCGACGGUGCAGAGAUCCAAGGCGGAGUCGGCAGAGAUGUUUCGGCUGGUGCUGGACGCCGCCGGCUUCGAGACGGUGUACCUCGACGAACAAGGCAAGCGCCGCUUGAUCUUCGGCGGCCACGCCGCCAGAGUGGCAGGUGCGACCUUCAUGGCGAUGAGGGGGGUCCCGGUCGCCGUGAUCCAGCUGCUCGGCCGAUGGGCCUCAACCGCCGUCGAACGGUAUGUCCAACAGGCACCCCUCGCCGUGGCAGCAGGCGUUCCAGCCCAGGCCCUGGCAGCGCCGAGUUCGUCGACAACAACGCCGGCCCAGCCCCUGGCGACACCGACGCCGCCGGCCCUCAUGGACUUGUUGCCGACGGGGAACGCAGCAGGGCACGCCGAUACGGCGGUGCCGGCCCCGCAGCAGAUGGUGCCCAACGUCGACUUCGCGGCUGAGGUGCCCGGCGUGGAGUUCGUGCCAGAACCCGCCAGGAUGCCAGUAGCCGACGCGAUCGGCGACUCGGCGCCCCGGUAUGUCAUGAACUGCCGCACCAAGAUGGUGCACACGCCGGGGGUCGACGAAGCGUCGACAGAAAGGUCGGAUUGGCAGGCCAAGUGCGGCUGGCCUUACGGCGUGCGACAGUUCUUUCGCCUGUCCGAGCUCCCGCCGGAUCCGGCCUUAUGCCGCAAGUGCUUCCCGACGGAAACCGUCGAUGUUGAGGCACCGGAGGCGAUCGACUCGUCGUCGAGCUCCUCGUCCUCCACUAGCGGAGCGACGUCGGACUCCGACUGA